AUGUCGUUCUUUGAUCUUCUGAACGAGCGCGCCAAGCGCUCGCUGCUCUGCGUCGGCCUCGACCCCCGCGCCGAGACGGCCGCUGCGGCGGUGGAGGAGUGCAAGUGCCUGAUUGAGCAGACGCACGAGUACGCCGCUGCCUACAAGCCGAACGCGGCCUUCUUCGAGCUCUUCGGCGCCGAGGGCUGGACGGCGCUGCUGGAGGUGAUUGGUGCCGUUCCCCCCGGCAUCCCUGUGGUGCUGGAUGCGAAGCGCGGUGAUAUCGCUGACACUGCCGACGCGUACGCCACCUCCGCCUUCAAGCACCUGAACGCGCACGCCAUCACUGCCUCGCCCUACAUGGGCGCCGACAGCCUUCAGCCGUUCAUGCGCUACCCCGAGAAGGGCGUGUUUGUGCUUUGCAAGACGUCUAACAAGAGCAGCGACGAUUUUCAGUGCCUGCGCGUAGGUGACAAGUACUUGUACGAGGCCGUUGCCGAGCGCGCCGAGGGCUCGUGGAAUGUGAACGGCAACGUUGGCCUGGUCGUUGGGGCGACGGACCCGGUCGCGCUGGCUCGCGUGCGCGCGCGUGCGCCAACGCUGUGGUUCCUGGUGCCAGGCAUUGGCGCGCAGGGCGGCAGCCUCAAGGCGAGCCUCGAUGCGGGUCUCCGCGCCGACGGCAGCGGCAUGCUCAUCAACGUGUCGCGCGGCCUCGCCCGCGCGGCCGACCCACGCGCCGCUGCGAAGGAGCUGUGCGAGGAGAUCAACGCGAUGCGCUUCGCCAAGGGUGCCUCCGUCGAGCUGGCUAAGGCACUCGUGGACUCGCAUUGCGUGCGCUUCGGCAACUUCACGCUCAAGUCGGGCAAGUCUUCGCCAAUUUACAUUGAUCUGCGCCGCCUCGUCACGUACCCGGCUAUCAUGCGGCUCGUGGCUCGCGAGUACGCGAAGGUGCUGCGUCAUUACAAGUUCGACCGUAUCGCCGGCCUGCCGUACGCCGCACUACCCAUCGCUAGCGCCAUCUCCAACGAGAUGAACGUCCCGCUCAUCUACCCCCGCCGGGAGGCGAAAAUCUACGGCACAAAGGCGGCCAUCGAGGGCGAGUACAAGAAGGGCGACCGCGUUGUCAUCAUCGACGACCUCGUGUCCACCGGUGAGACCAAGGUCGAGGCGAUCGAGAAGCUCAGGUCUGCUGGGCUCGAGGUGGUGUCGAUCGUGGUGCUGGUGGACCGCGAUAUGGGUGCCAAGGCCUUCUUGAACAAGCUCGGCUACGACUUUGAGGCCGUGGUGGGGCUCCACCAGCUGCUGCCGCUCUGGCGCAAGAGCAACGCCAUCACUUCCCAGCAGGAGGCGGAUGUGCGCGCCUUCCUCGGCCAGUGGAAGCAGAGCAAGUUAUAA